GAUACAUCUAUAAAAAGAGCAAUAUUCUCCUAGCUGGCGCCCAUUUAUCAUAUUCUUAAUAAUCAUUUCUUUAUUCAUUACUUUACCUCUUUUUUCCAACACUUUACUUUAUAAAAAUCAAUUACAAAAAGUUAUCUUUAGCUAUAAGGUACUGAAUCGGUUCUAUCAAAUUCUUAAUGCAUAUGUAGUUGGAAUCUAUGCAAAUUUUAUAAUUUGAAGACAUGGGUAAUUUUGUAAUAGCUGCCUGCAAGAAUGCAAGGGAUUCUUCAUUGGAGGAGCUAGAUUCUUUUUUUCCUGUUAGACCAGAAUGCCAAGCUGAUGUUCCCGAUACUCGCUUCAGACCUAGGGCAGGAAAAACUCUCAGUGAAAGAAGAUGGAUUGCUGCAUUCUCUCAAGAAGGUUAUUUGGAUAUAGCAGGUGUUCUUAAACGAAUCCAACGAGGGGGGGUUCAUCCAUCAAUUAAAGGGGCUGUCUGGGAGUUCUUGCUGGGUUGUUUUGAUCCCAAUAGCACUUUUGAGGAAAGAAAUGAGCUUAGACAACGGCGGAGAGAGCAAUAUGCUACAUGGAAAUCUGAAUGCCAAAACAUAGUACCUCUCGUUGGCAGUGGGAAAUUUACCACAAAAGCUAUAGUCACUGAUGAUGGCCAACCUAUAGAGCUUGCGAACACUACCAGUAAUGUACAGGAUACUAACGAUGCCAUGCCAGUCGAUAAUGGUGUUUAUGACAAGAAAGUGGUUCAGUGGAAGCUUAACUUGUCCCAAAUUGGUUUAGAUGUUGUUCGCACGGAUCGUUUUCUUUUAUUUUAUGAGAAUCAAGCUAAUCAGGCAAAACUCUGGGAUGUGCUAGCUGUCUAUGCAUGGAUGGAUAAAGAUAUUGGUUAUGUUCAAGGAAUGACUGAUAUUUGCUCCCCAAUGGUUAUUCUACUUGAGAAUGAAGCAGAUGCAUUCUGGUGCUUUGAACGUGUAAUGCGUAAAUUGCGAGAAAAUUUCAAGUCCAGCGCAAAUUCUAUGGGAGUGCAGUCUCAACUGAGUACCCUUGCACAAAUUGUUAAAACUGUUGAUCCAAAGCUUCAUCGACACCUCGAGGAGAUAGAUGGCGGAGAAUAUCUGUUCGCUUUACGCAUGUUGAUGGUACUUUUCCGGAGAGAGCUCUCAUUUGUCGAUGCACUCUAUCUCUGGGAGGUGAUGUGGGCCAUGGAGUACAACCCAAACAUAUAUUCAUUGUAUGACAAGACACUGGAACAACUUCCCGAUAAGUUAAAUUAUAAGCAGCUAAAGCAAUAUGGGAAAUUUGAAAGAAGAAUAGUGACUGGCGCGAUGAAACAGAACGAUGCACUUGCCAUUUUCCUAGUUGCAAGUGUUCUUGAGACGAAGAAAAAACGGCUUAUGAAAGAGGCAAAGGGCCUAGAUGAUGUUGUCCAGAUCUUGGGUGAGAUAACUGGCAAUUUGGAUGCAAAGAAAGCACUAAAUAAGGCUCUAAAGGUUCAUAAGAAGUACCUGAGCAAGGUCAAAAGAUCCUAGUUGGAGUUGCUAUUCAUCACUGCAGCAAGUACCCAUUUUGCUCAAAGCUUUGUUGUAUUUUCAUUCUUUCCUGUGGGAGUGAUUUCUCCCUCCUUUACUGAUGAGUGGUUUCUUUCUUCUUGUUUUUUGGUGUGUAAUUGUUUCUAUUUCUACUAAGAAAGGAACUUGUACAUAAUAGUGGUGAUAUGAGAUAUACAUGGUGUGUUUUGGUGGUUGAAAUAUAUGGAGUUAAUUCUUUGAA